UGACUUCUGCUCCGUCAUGGACACGCUGAGCGGCCCCGACUGGCAGCGCUUCGCUUCGUGUAUUAUCAGUGACGUGACUGAGCUGCGGCUGCUGCUGAGCCCGGGUGAUGCUGGCCGCACAGAGCGGGUCCUGUGGCAUUGGAUUAACCGGAAUGGCAUGGUGGAGGAGCUGCUGGGCAUCCUGAGCAGUCUCAGCCUGUGGAGAGCCCGAGACAUCAUCCUGGCCUGGCAGCCAGUGUCCCUACCCAGGACUGACCCACACUGGUAUCCCCGCCCGCACCCCACACCAGCCCCAGUGCCCCCAGCUCCGUGCCCCCCAGUGCUCAGGCCAGACCCCAGCAAGCCCAGCGUCAGGAUCCUCAGCGACCAGGACACUGCGGAAUUUGACACUCCCAGGCCAGAGAGCACAAAGGCACACUGCCGCUUGCCGGGCCCUCCCACACCUCCUCCCAAUAUCUCCGAAGCUUUUGAUCGGAGCUCCAGCACGGAUACUCCAAUCAAGCCCACAGAGGAUAGGAGCGCUGUGGGCACUCUCUCCCCAGAGACCUGCCUGCUGUCCUGGUCGCUGCAGGAGCUGAGCGAAGGCACCGACAACUUUGCCGAACAUCGGCGGAUCGGGGAGGGAGGAUUCGGCCACGUCUACCAUGCUCUGAUGCGGCACACGCACUAUGCCGUCAAACGCCUGAAGGAGGACUCUGAUCUGGAUUGGAAGACAGUGAAGCAGAGCUUCCACACUGAGCUGCAGAAGCUGUACCACUAUCGACACCCAAACAUUGUGGAGCUGGCUGGCUGCUGUGUGGAGGGGGACAUUUACUGCCUGGUUUACGUCUACAUGGCAAAUGGCUCCUUGGAGGAUCGGCUUCAAUGUCAGAACAACACGCCAGCCCUGCCCUGGCUGAGACGCCUGGACAUUGCCCUGGGCGCUGCCCGAGCCAUCCAGUUCCUGCACUCCAGCAACCCCAGCCUGAUCCACGGGGACGUCAAGAGCUCCAACAUCCUCCUGGAUGAGAACCUAAGUGCUAAGCUGGGAGACUUUGGGCUGGCGAGGUUCAGCCGACUGUCUGGGAACACGGGGAGGAGCUGUACUGUGGCUCGCACACAAACGCUGCAGGGAACCCUGGCCUAUCUCCCCAACGAGUACAUCCAGAGUGGCCAGCUCGCCCCUGAGCUGGACACCUACAGCUUCGGUGUGGUGCUGUUAGAGAUCCUGACAGGGAGGAAAGCGCUGGAAAAUCACGGGCCCACAAAGUGCAAAUACCUGAAAGAGAUGGUGGAGGAGGAUGAUGGAGAGACGAGUGGGACAGACAGCCAGAGCUUUGCUGCUAAUCUCUGCCUCAGACACCUGGACAGGAAGCCAGGGCAGUGUGUCAGUGAGGUGCUGCUGCAGCUCUGUGUGCUGGCCUGUGAGUGUCUGAACCGCAGGAGGAGGAGGAGACCCAAGAUGACAACGGUUUACACCAGACUGGAGGAGCUGAGGCAGAGGCUGGCUGGCUGGCCUGAGGCAGAGCAGCCAAGUGCCUGGACGCCAGGCCAUGAGGCUGAGCGCAGUCGGGCAGUGGACAAAAUGGCCGAAUGGAGUCAGCCAGUGGACAGAGUGACCGAGAGCUUGCGAAGCUGCUCACUGAGCCCCGUGCAGAACACGUACCGUUUCCCCAGCGUGCCCCAGGGCCUCUCGAAGCCCACCUCGUCGUCCUCCUCACUCCGAGAGCCCCCAAGCUGGAGCCCCUCCACGGACUCCCUGUCGCACAGCGGGAAGCAGCCCUGGCCCGUGGCCUCUGUCUCCCCCUCUGCCUCGUGGGGAGCGUCUCGGCCGGUGGAGAGCGACGAGAGCGACGCCGGGGGGGGCAUCUACUCCCAGACCAGCCUGGACACACGGCUCACAGCCAGCAAUCAGCCCCGGCCCUCCCCUCGCGAGGGGUCUCCCCGCCACUCACCCUCACCGUCACCGGUAACAACACCGGCCGACACACGCUCACCGCAGGACUCCGGGAGUUGCUGCGGAGCCGCACAGGCUGGAGACGGACACGAUGGAUCCUGUAGCGUGGAGCGCCGGGGGCCAGAGGAGAGCGACGAGUUUGACUGAGACCUGAAACCCAGCCCUGAGAGGAGGCAGAGCGUGACACAGAGACAGGCAGAGAGCGAGCUACAGAGAGAGCGCAUCACUGCAUAGGGAGAGAGAGAGAGAGCAACACUGCACAGUGAGUGAGAGAGAGUG